GUGAGAAUAAGAUCUUUGGCUGGUUGGAACUAGCCUAAGACUGUCAGGCAGCCAUGGAUCUGGCAUAUGAACUACUCAAUGGGACCCAACCUUGGCUUUCCUCUCCAUUCGACCUCAAUGGCUCCGUGGCUACAGCCAACAUUUCAAACCAAACAGAGCCAUACUAUGACCUGACCAGCAAUGCAGUCCUCACCUUCAUAUAUUUUGUGGUCUGCAUCGUUGGGUUGUGUGGCAACACACUUGUCAUUUAUGUCAUCCUCCGCUAUGCCAAGAUGAAGACCAUCACCAACAUUUACAUCCUCAACCUGGCCAUCGCAGAUGAACUCUUCAUGCUGGGUCUGCCCUUCCUGGCCAUGCAGGUGGCUCUGGUCCACUGGCCCUUUGGCAAGGCCAUCUGCCGGGUGGUCAUGACUGUGGAUGGUAUCAAUCAGUUCACCAGCAUCUUCUGCUUGACAGUCAUGAGCAUUGACCGAUACCUGGCUGUGGUCCACCCCAUCAAGUCGGCCAAGUGGAGGAGACCCCGGACAGCCAAGAUGAUCAACGUGGCUGUGUGGGGGGUCUCUCUGCUGGUCAUCUUGCCUAUCAUGAUAUAUGCUGGUCUUCGGAGCAACCAAUGGGGGAGAAGCAGCUGCACCAUCAACUGGCCAGGCGAAUCUGGGGCAUGGUACACAGGCUUCAUCAUCUACGCCUUCAUCUUGGGGUUCCUGGUGCCCCUCACCAUCAUCUGUCUUUGCUACCUGUUCAUUAUCAUCAAGGUGAAGUCCUCUGGAAUCCGAGUGGGUUCCUCCAAGAGGAAAAAGUCUGAGAAGAAGGUCACCCGGAUGGUGUCCAUUGUGGUGGCUGUCUUCAUUUUCUGCUGGCUCCCCUUCUACAUCUUCAAUGUCUCUUCAGUGUCUGUGGUCAUCAGUCCCACCCCAGCCCUUAAGGGCAUGUUUGACUUUGUGGUGGUCCUCACCUAUGCUAACAGCUGUGCCAACCCUAUCCUGUAUGCCUUCUUGUCUGACAACUUCAAGAAGAGCUUCCAGAAUGUCCUCUGCCUGGUCAAGGUGAGCGGCACAGACGACGGGGAACGAAGUGACAGUAAGCAGGACAAAUCCCGGCUGAAUGAGACCACGGAGACCCAGAGGACCCUCCUCAAUGGAGACCUCCAGACCAGUAUCUGAACUGCCUGAAAAAUCAAUCAAUCAAACGCCAAGCUCUGCCAACCGGCCGUGUGCUCCCCACCCC